GUUAUUAUUUUGGGGCCAUUUUUUUGCAAAAAAAGGCAGGAAAAUGUAAUAGACAUAAAUGAAAUUUUGUAGGGCAUUACCCAGAAUUUUGAUGUCCUACUGAACUACAGUUAACGUUACCCCCAGACACUUUUAGGGCAGAAAAGGAAUAAAAAGAAGAAACAAAUCCUCACAAAUACAGUCGAGUUCCAGGCUCCAGUGCUUUGUGCUUCGACACCUUAUAAAUAAUUUUACGUUGCUGCGUCUUUAAGAAAGUGACGUCAUAAACACGCGCCGGCACGCUGAAGUGGCUCUUGUGGAGGCUGCUAAAUCAUUUUCAUAGCUGAUUUCAGGAUGGAUUCUCUGUGUGGAUCUGUGGCAUUAGGUAUACUGGCAGGUGUGGGCUGUGGCCUUUGCCUGGGUUGGCACCUCAGUGGCCGCUUUGGCAAAGCAUCCCGCACUACGAUGGCCGCUUUGGAAAACAGCAGUGCUACUGCCAGCGAGUCCAGCGUGAUGGGAGAGAGUGGAGAGUUCAAAAUGAUCCUGGUGGUCCGAACAGAUCUAAAGAUGGGAAAAGGAAAAGUGGCGGCUCAGUGCUCUCACGCCGCCGUGUCCGCAUACAAACAGGUCCAGCGCAGAAACCCAGAGCUCCUGAAACAGUGGGAGUACUGUGGGCAGCCUAAAGUGGUGGUCAAGGCCCCGGAUGAGGACUGUCUGUUGGAGUUACUGACCCAUGCCAAAGAGCUCAGACUUCCGGUCAGUUUAAUACAGGAUGCUGGAAGAACCCAAAUCGCUCCAGGUUCUCGGACGGUUCUUGGUGUGGGACCUGGGCCGUCAGAUCUUGUGGACAAAGUUACAGGACACUUAAAACUGUAUUAAAUGGAUACACUGAGUGUAUUGCAAAGAUGGGGCUAAACUUGUCAUAUGUACAGUUUUGACCAGUCCUAGACAUUAUAGUUUUUGUACAGUGGAGGAAAAUCACAAAGAUCGAAGAAAUGAAAUUAAAGGGUUGAAUUGAGACGAUUUGAUUUAUAGUUUGACCGUUUAUUUUAAUUAAACAGUUUACCUAUUCCAGUAUUGAACAUACAAGUACAUUUGUUUGGUCUUUAAGUCUAUGUACAGAAACGGGCUAUUUGGUUAAUGUAAAUCUGGGAUCUCUGUUCUACAAUAUCAGAAAGACUCCCUCAUACCCAAAACAACAUUUGUCAAACCAUGACCGUUUGAUUUGAAAUGCUGUUCCCUUUUAACUGGACAGCAUCUUGUAUUUAAUAUUAACCUUUACAGACAUGUUUUAUAUCUUAUGAACAUUAACAUGUGAU